GGUGGCGGAAAGGCGAGUUGAUAGGCUGCGGGGCGUUUGGUCGCGUGUAUAUGGGGAUGAAUCUCGAUUCCGGUGAGUUGCUGGCCGUUAAACAGGUGUUGAUUGCGGCAAAUAGUGCUUCAAAGGAGAAAACUCAGGCUCACAUUAGAGAGCUUGAGGAAGAAGUGAAGCUACUAAAGAAUCUUUCACAUCCAAACAUAGUGAGAUAUUUGGGAACCGUUAGAGAAGAUGAUUCAUUCAAUAUUUUAUUGGAAUUCGUCCCUGGUGGUUCCAUUUCUUCACUUCUUGGAAAAUUUGGAUCCUUCCCUGAGUCUGUUGUAAGGAUGUAUGCCAAGCAGCUUUUAAUGGGAUUGGAAUAUCUUCAUAAGAAUGGUAUUAUGCAUAGGGACAUCAAGGGAGCAAACAUUCUUGUGGAUAACAAGGGAUGCAUUAAACUUGCAGAUUUUGGUGCAUCAAAAAAAGUAGUUGAGCUGGCUACUAUUGGUGGCACCAAGUCGAUGAAGGGAACUCCAUAUUGGAUGGCUCCUGAAGUUAUUCUUCAGACAGGGCAUAGCUUCUCUGCUGAUAUAUGGAGUGUUGGCUGUACUGUGAUUGAGAUGGCAACAGGAAAGCCCCCAUGGAGCCAACAGUUUCAGGAGGUUGCUGCUCUUUUCCAUAUUGGAACAACUAAAUCCCAUCCACCAAUCCCUGAGCAUCUGUCUUUUGAGGCAAAGGACUUUUUGUUAAAAUGCUUACAGAAGGAACCAAACUUAAGGCCUACUGCAUCAGACUUGCUGCAGCAUUCAUUUGUCACUGGAGACUAUCAAGAGCCUCAUCCAGUAUUUCGUAACUCAGUUAUGGACCCUGGAAAUCUGGUGAUGACAUCAGGGGUGAAUCUUAGAAACUCAAUAACCUCUGAGAUCAGAAGGUCAACCUGCUCGGGCUUGAAAGAUGUUUGUGAAAUGGGUAAUGUCAGGUGUUCAACUGUAUACCCCAAGAAAUUAUUACAAACAGGAUCCUAUUGGAGGACAGGAAAUUGUGAUGAUGAUAUGUGUCAGAUAGAUGACAAAGACGAUCUUUUGAGUGGUGGAUCAGCAAGAUUCAACUCUGUGUUAGCAUCUGCUGGUUUAAACAGGAGUUUCAACCCUAUGUGUGAACCCACUGAGGACUGGCCUUGCAAAUUUGAUGAAAGUACAGAGCUGAAGACAAGUGGAGUGAACUUAUCUUCUGGCCAAACAGUUGAAGCCAAUGGUAGCCUUGGAAUAUCCUCAAAAGAGGAGAAUGAUUUCACUUUUCCAAAUGGAACGUUAGCGCAGGAUGAUGAAGAGGGAGCUGUUGAAUUGAACAAGCUGCAGACACCUCUAUAUGAAGAGUUCUAUAACACAUUGAAUGCAACUGGCCAUGCAGUUGGUACUGGAAAUGGCGAAAAUCUUUUGCCUCCUAAAAGCAGGUCACCUAAAUGGCUACCUAGCAGAAGAAUCUCUACAGCUUUUGAUGUUGCUAAUAUUGCUAGCCCUGGGGAUCAUCAUGAAUCAAAUGCUGCUGCUGUGCACAAUAGGGCUCUGCAGGAACUUCAGCCACCUCAGAUAAAUGACUUAAAAGGGCAUGUUCUUCACUACCAGCAGGAAAGAAGUAGUCUGAGUUUGAGCUUCUCUGAGAGACAAAGGAGAUGGAAAGAGGAACUUGAUGAAGAGCUUGAAAGAAAACGAGAGAUGAUGCGCCAGGCAGGUGUAUGUGGAAAGACAUCAUCUCCAAAGGAAAGGAUUCUAAUUCAACAGAGAGAACAAAUAUGGUUUGCAUUCCCAUACAAAUAGAUGUAGUAUGUAUAAUACUUGUACUUGUUUCAAGUGUCGCCACCCAAUGGAAAGAAAAUAUGCUUUCCAUUGGGACGGUAUGUAUGUAGUUCUUUAUGAGAGGUGGGCUGAUCAAUUUUACAGUAAGAUCCCUAUGAAUAGAAAGGCAGCACAAUCUUCCUCCCUGCUGCAUCAUGGCCUUGUUUAGCAAAGAAAAUUCAAUGUAAGCAUUGUUUAUGCUUUUACCUUUUUUGUUUCUUUACAUUGAUGUGCCUUGUUAUUGUGGCGGAUUUCAGAACAAAGAAAUAAAGGCAUUUAUUAAAU